UCAAAUAAUAUGACUUAACUUUUAGUUGUAAAAAUCAACGUAAAAACGAAAGCGCAAUUACAAACUACUACAUUUUCGUUGUCACCACUGGAUUGGACAAUUUAUACCUUAACCUUACGCUUUUGAAAUUACGGAAUUCCAUUUGUUUUCAAAUUAAUACAUAUUAAUUAACUUCUUAUACUGUUUACUUACAACGACAUUCCUCUGCACUUUUACGUUUAAUAAAACAAAAAACUCUUUCGUUUGACGUAUCGAUGAUAUAGAUUUGUUUGAACAAGAUGGGAAAGAAAAGGAAUGUUCAAACAACACCUACACCUAUUCCUGGACGUGUGAAAGUAGAAAUUAAAGAUGAAUUGGGAGAUAAUGAUGUGCUUGUUGCAAGAGAUCGUUUAAAAGGAGCCCUCAGAGAAUUAUUGCAGCACAGUGAUACAGGUUCAUCAGCAGAUUCAAGUGAAGAAAGUUCUGCACAUGAUUAUAAACAUCAAAUGAAGAAAAUUGAUAACAUGUAUAGGACAAAGACACUGGGUUUCCAACAACCACGAAAAAUUAGACGCAGGAGACAAGUACAAUUGGACACAGCAUUUCAUCAUACUUAUGUAAUGAAAUUGUUCGACCGGAGCGUCGAUUUAGCACAGUUUCAAGAAGAUACACCACUUUAUCCUAUAUGCAGAGCUUGGAUGGCUAAUCAGCCUAGAAAUCCCAAUCUUGUUCCAAAAAUACGUAGCCCGAGUCCAGAAAUAAUAAACGAAGUGAAUAUAAGUAAUAAUAUACUGGACACAAAUGGAGAAGUUCAAGAUGUCUAUUAUUUGCCACCUCCUUUGCCUUGUGAAGAAGCAAUACCUAGGAAUCGUAUACCUUCACCAAUAUCUAGGGAGAAGGAAGAAUUAAACUUAGAUUAUGACGGACUGUGCCUAAAAUCACGAGAAACAUUGCUGAGAGAACAUAGAAUACAUUGGAAUGCAGUACGUAAAAAGUGGUAUCAACAGGCUCAUAAAAAUGAACAACGUUUUGUACAGAGUGCAAAUAUACUGAACACUAUUUUCAAGAGGGCACAAUCGGAAUUCGAAUAGACCCAUCCAUGGCAGCAUUGAUACUGUCAGUUUCCGUUCACAGAAUCUUUGCUUGAUCGGCAUGGAACGUAUUUGUCGUUUUUCUACACACAAUUUAUUUUAUAUCCUUAAUUAUACCUGCUGUAUACUACUUGUAGAAAUAUAUCUUUUUAUUUGA